AUGAUGAAUAGUAGAAAGCCUCAAAAAGUUUUUAGCUGUUUUUGUGGGAAUGGGGUUUCUUACGAAGAAGAAGCAAACCUUAAAAAUCAUAUAUAAAGAUGUGAAAGGUAUCAAAAAGAGUCACCUUUUUUUAGGUUUUUCUCAUCUCUAGAUUUGAAAUAGCUACCAGAAGUGCAUUUAGUUGCUAUUAAGAGUGAAUUCUUAACUUACGUUGAUGCAGUAGUUUAAGAGUUGAAUAAUAAAGGAUAUAUUUCUAAUUAAUAACCUUCGGCUCCAGUUUUGGUGAAUUAAUUUAUUAAUAAUAGUUAAUUCGAUCCUAGGAUGCAGUCUAGUAUGUUUAGCUCAAGAGUAGUAAUUCCAUAGAAGCAUUUUAUUACAAGUGAUUAAGUUUAAUGUUAAGGAUGUAAAAAGUAUUUUGACUCUAAUUUUGAUAGUGAUAAAAUCUACUACUUAAAUAUUUGCUUACAUCCCUUUUGCAAAGGCUGUUUGAUCAAACAGAUAAAUACUGAUUUUAUAAAUAAGGGUGGAGUUUAAUGUCUAACAUGCAACAGAGAUAUAGUAGAAUACGAUUACAAUAAUGUUAUAGGAAAAGAAAAGUAUGAAUAGCUCGAACAGAAAAUGAUAUAGAAGAUGUAUAAUUUAGUUUCUUGUAUUAAAUGCAAAGCUUAAUUUGAAUUUGUUUCAGGUUCAGCUGGAUAAAAUGUUAGAGAUAAUAAUGGUCAACUAUUGUCACCGUAACUACAGUAACACUAUGCUGAAAAUAGAUUUGUAUGCUAGAAUUCAGAAUGUAAGCAAGAAUAAUGUAGAAAUUGCCAAGCAUUCCCUUAUCACUUAGGUUAUAAUUGUGAAAACUUUAGAUAAUUCAAAUAAUCAAAGCGUUGUAGGUAUUGCGAUGAAACAAUCACUCAUAUUAAUACAAACUAGCCUUUAGCAUUGUAGGACAUUUGUUCUAAGGAAGAAUGCUAAUCAAAGAAAAAGUACACUUGCUAAAAAAUAAAUAAUUGUAAUCAUCCUUGCUACGGUAUAAAGGAUGAAUUGAAUUGUUUACCAUGUCUUCAUCCUGAUUGUGCUAAAAAUAAUUCUGACUUAAGAGAUAAUGACAGUGAUUAGUAUUGUAAUAUUUGUUGGUCAGAAGGAUUAGGAGCUGGUCCUUGUGUUUAGCUUGGAUGUAAGCAUAUAUUCCAUUAUGAAUGUCUAAAAAAGAGACUUGAUGUUAAGUGGAUAUCUGCUCGUAUUGUAUUUAACUUUUGUUUUUGUCCUCUAUGUAAACAAUGGAUGGAAUUCUCUCUUGAUUGUGACUUGAAUAACGAAAUGCAAAAAAUGCUUGCUCUCUAUGAAAAUAUCAAGAAAAAAUCUUUAGACAGAUUAAAAUUUGAAGAGAGAUUAAAGGAUGAAAAAUUAAAUGACCCUAAUUCUCCUUAUUACCAAUAACCUCAGGAAUAUGCGAUGGCAAUUUAUGCAUAUUUUAUGUGCUUUAAAUGUAAAAAACCUUAUUUUGGUGGUCUAAAAGAUUGCUAAAGAGGUAUGGACGAAGAUAAAAGAGAAUUCGAUCCAAAGGAAUUGAUAUGUGCAAACUGUUGUGAAAUUCCUGUUGAAAAUUGCCCCAAACAUGGUAAAGAUUAUAUCGAAUUUAAGUGUAAAUUUUGCUGUUCAGUUGCUUAGUGGUUCUGUUGGGGAACUACACAUUUCUGCGAGCCUUGCCAUAAAAGGUAAUGUAAUGGUGAUUAUGUAUCUAAGUAUCCAAAAGAAAAACUUCCUAAAUGCGCAGGAGGUUCAAAAUGUCCUGUUGGUGGAAGUCAUAAACCAAAUGGAGAAGAAUCUGCUCUUGGUUGCUCGUUAUGUAGAAAUGCAAAAGACAAUCAAAAAGAAUUUUGA